AUGCUCCCCCCAAUUCCUGCACGACCAACAGGCGAUGCAUGGCCAUUCAGUCUUCUCCAGGCCUAUGAACAGAUUGACAAUGUCUGCAGUGCAGCCAGCCAUAUGCUCAGGCAGGAAGCAGAGGCAAAUCGGUUACGAUAUCAUGCCGAAACAUUGAUUACUGAAGCUGUCCCUCUGCUUCUUGUCAUCGAAGAAAACUCUGAGCAAGAAGGGAUUCCAAGCAGCUGGUUGCAUGCUCUCACAACUGCUGUGGGGGUUCUGAUUGCUGAACUGGAGCAGGCAUAUAAGACUGCUUCCAAGCACGAGGAUAGUAAUGUCUUCAUUCCACAGCCUGUAACAUUGCUUCCAUCUGGUGACAAUACUACUGGUGGGCGGCCCCGGAAGGAGAUUGAUCCAGAUUUCCUCCGCAAUGCCCUCCAGGGCGGCCGUACGAUAUCAAUUGCUAAACUCGCCAGACUUUUGGGAGUUUCCCAUCAAACAUUGUACUCACGUCUUCAUGAGUAUGGUAUCGAUCAUCAGUUCUCUCAACUUACCAAUAAUGAGCUCGACAACCUGGUCCAUCAGUUCCGGGAAGCACGGCCUGCCUCUGGUUUACGUUAUCUGCCAGGGUUUCUGGCAGAGCAAGGCCUUCGUGUUCAAAGGCAGCGGACUCUGGAUGCCCUGCGGCGUGUCGAUGGUAUUGGUCAAAAGGUACGGCAGCAGACAUCAAUCCAGCGGCGUUCGUACCAAGUUUCCCGUCCCAAUGCACUAUGGCAUGUGGAUGGCCAUCAUAAACUCAUUCAUUGGGGAAUUGUUAUUAUGGGGUUUGUUGAUGGUUAUAGCCAGACUGUCGUUGGCCUCCGUGCCAGUGAUAACAAUCAGGCCGAUACUGCAUUAGAAGUCUUUAUCCAGGCGAUGGGCAAGUAUGGACAGCCAUCCCGUGUGCCAACCGUGGCUCUUUCAUAUGGGGAGUAUCAACACGCAAUACAUGGGCAGAACGAUCUCCAUCUUAUGGGACGCCUAGAGCAUGGCGAGUACCAUGACGACUGUGCUGGGGUGACACCUGAGGAAAUGACAUCAGCAUAUGGUGUGGAGGUCCCAGAUGGUGACACUCUAGCAGCACCAGCAACCUACAACACUGGUGAGGAGGAGGAGGAGGAGGAGGAGGAAGACCUAGCUGGAGCUGGUGAUGGUGAAGAAGAUGAAGAAGAUAUGUGGCGAGAGUUUGAAGAAAUACUUGGUCAAGAAUAUGCAGCUAACUUUCUACCGAAGAGAGUGGAACCCCCGAAAGCGAUAUCACCUUUCACCCAGCCUGGUGAUGCUAUAUUUGCUGAGACCUUGGCCAGAGUCCAUGAAGCAGCAUUUCUUCCUGGAGGCUUCAGUAUACGGCCUACAGAGUGGGCUGCCAAUGGGUACCCAGCCUUUGAAAUGCUUAGAGUAGGGAAGAGAACAACCAAGCAGACCCGAGUGGCUCUUCCUCCAAGCAUUUGGCAGAGGAAAGCUGAACUUUGGGUGCAAGGACUGCAUACAAUGCAAACUAUGAUGUAUUCACUGGAUAAUUAG